ACGGGGCUCUGCGGAGACCACGGGCCAUCAUUAGACAACUGCACUCGGGCACUGAGGCCAGGGCGUCCCUGAGACAGGGCUUCUCCUUUUUAUCCUGCCGCCAGGCAGCCCAGAGGGUUCUUCUGUCCCUGACUUCUCUGAGGGGCUUCUGGACGCCACGAGGAGGGAGCGCGCUGGGAGUUCUGGCCAGCGGGCUACCCUCAGUGUCUGCAACUUCUGAGGAGCUGGAACUUUCCCCAGCACCCGGGUCAGGGUCCUGUAGUUUCUAAAAUCACUUUGCAACCUGUUUUAAAGCAAUGCGCGUUUAAAAUUAUACGUAAUUAUUUUCAACAGUCGGUAAGCACAGAAAAACCGCUCAUGUGUAGCGUCACGCAUUUACCUGCCCGGCCUGACAAAUCCCAGCCUGGUGAAUUGGUAGCCCUGCUUCUUGGCAGGUGGCUUUGCAGAGAAACUCUACCAACACCACCUCCCUACUCCACUGGCUUUACUAACUUGGUCAAAGGAAAACGGUCAACUUGGUUGAAUGCAGAAGUAGAUUUAUAUUUUCAAAUGGACGGAAAUACAAAAGACAUAAUAAUCAUAUAUGAAGAAGAUGCUGAGGAAUGGGCUCUGUACUUGACAGAAGUAUUUUUACAUGUUGUAAAAAGGGAAGCCAUCCUGUUAUAUCGCUUGGAGAAUUUCUCUUUUCGGCAUUUGGAGUUGCUGAACUUAACGUCUUACAAAUGUAAACUUUUGAUAUUAUCAAAUAGCCUGCUUAAAGACCUAACUCCAAAGAAAUGUCAGUUUCUGGAAAAGAUACUUCAUUCACCAAAAAGUGUAGUUACUUUGCUUUGUGGAGUGAAGAGUUCAGAUCAGCUCUAUGAAUUAUUAAAUAUCUCUCAAAGCAGAUGGGAGAUCUCAACUGAACAGGAACCUGAAGACUACAUCUCUGUAAUCCAGAGUAUCAUAUUCAAAGAUUCUGAAGACUACUUUGAGGUCAACAUUCCAACAGACCUACGAGCAAAACAUUCUGGGGAAAUAAGUGAGAGAAAGGAAAUUGAAGAACUAUCAGAAGCUUCAAGAAACACCAUACCACUAGCAGUGGUGCUUCCCACUGAAAUUCCAUGUGAGAAUCCUGGUGAAAUAUUCAUAAUUUUGAGAGAUGAAGUAAUUGGUGAUACUGUAGAGGUUGAAUUUACAUCACGUAAUAAGCGCAUUAGAACACGGCCAGCCCUUUGGAAUAAGAAAGUCUGGUGCGUGAAAGCUUUAGAGUUUCCUGCUGGUUCAGUCCAUGUCAAUGUCUACUGUGAUGGAAUCGUUAAAGCUACAACCAAAAUUAAGUACUACCCAACAGCAAAGGCAAAGGAAUGCCUAUUCAGAAUGGCAGAUUCAAGAGAGAGUUUGUGCCAGAAUAGCAUUGAAGAACUUGAUGGUGUCCUUACAUCCAUAUUCAAACAUGAGAUACCAUAUUAUGAGUUCCAAUCUCUUCAAACUGAAAUUUGUUCUCAAAACAAAUAUACUCAUUUCAAAGAACUUCCAACUCUUCUCCACUGUGCAGCAAAAUUUGGCUUAAAGAACCUGGCUAUUCAUUUGCUUCAAUGUUCAGGAGCAACCUGGGCAUCUAAGAUGAAAAAUACGGAGGGUUCAGACCCCGCACAUAUUGCUGAAAGACAUGGUCACAAAGAACUCAAGAAAAUCUUCGAAGACUUUUCAAUCCAAGAAAUUGACAUAAAUAAUGAGCAAGAAAAUGAUUAUGAAGAGGAUAUUGCCUCAUUUUCCACAUAUAUUCCUUCCACACAGAACCCAGCAUUUCAUCAUGAAAGCAGGAAGACAUACGGGCAGAGUGCAGAUGGAGCUGAGGCAAAUGAAAUGGAAGGGGAAGGAAAACAGAAUGGAUCAGGCAUGGAGACCAAACACAGCCCACUAGAGGUUGGCAGUGAGAGUUCUGAGGACCAGUAUGAUGACUUGUAUGUGUUCAUUCCUGGUGCUGAUCCAGAAAAUAAUUCACAAGAGCCACUCAUGAGCAGCAGACCUCCUCUCCCCCCGCCGCGACCUGUAGCUAAUGCCUUCCAACUGGAAAGACCUCACUUCACCUUACCAGGGACAACGGUGGAAGGCCAAAUGGAAAGAAGUCAAAACUGGGGUGAUCCUGGUGUUAGACAAGAAACAGGAGAUGAACCCAAAGGAGAAAAAGAGAAGAAAGAAGACGAAAAAGAGCAGGAGGAGGAAGAAGACCCAUAUACUUUUGCUGAGAUUGAUGACAGUGAAUAUGACAUGAUAUUGGCCAAUCUGAGUAUAAAGAAAAAAACUGGGAGUCGGUCUUUCAUUAUAAAUAGACCUCCUGCCCCCACACCCCGACCCACAAGUAAACCUCCAAAAGAGGAAACUACACCUUACAUAGCUCAAGUGUUUCAACAAAAGACAGCCAGAAGACAAUCUGAUGAUGACAAGUUCCGUGGUCUUCCUAAGAAACAAGACAGAGCUCGGAUAGAGAGUCCAGCUUUUUCUACUCUCAGGGGCUGUCUAACUGAUGGUCAGGAAGAACUCAUCCUCCUGCAGGAGAAAGUCAAGAAUGGGAAAAUGUCUAUGGAUGAAGCUCUGGAGAAAUUUAAACACUGGCAGAUGGGAAAAAGUGGCCUGGAAAUGAUUCAGCAGGAGAAAUUACGGCAACUACGAGACUGCAUUAUUGGGAAAAGGCCAGAAGAAGAAAAUGUCUAUAAUAAACUCACCAUUGUGCACCAUCCAGGUGGUAAGGAAACUGCCCACAAUGAAAAUAUGUUUUAUAAUGUACACUUCAGCAAUAAGCUUCCUGCUCGACCCCAAGUUGAAAAGGAAUUUGGUUUCUGUUGCAAGAAAGAUCAUUAAAGGAGGUUAUUAUAAUGAAACUCACGAAUCUACGGACAUUUUGCUUUCAGGGUGAAGCAAGCUUGAAUUUGGAUUGCCUGCUCUCUUUAAAGCAAAUUCAUACUAUGACAGCAGAAACAAACCUUCAGAUUUCAGAAUUUGUUAUUGGCAAAAUUUAUUCUCAUUAUACCUGCUUCAUAUGGGUAUAUUACUAUUAAAACAGAAUACCAUAGAGUAA